AAAGAUGGCGGAAAUGGAAGGGUUUUGGAGCUGUAAGUGAUUCAAUAGCUGGUUGUUGUAAAUCCCGUGGCUUUCAGCCAAUCCACUCGCGCAAGGAUGAAGAAACAGUUUUAUCGGGUCAAACAGCUGGCUGAUCAACGUGUUGGCAGGGCCGAGAAGACCGAAAUCUUGUCAGAAGACUUACAGAAUGUUGAGAAAACUGUGGAGAAAAUCAAGCAUGCUUGUCAAUCUGCAAACAAGCGAAUCACUGCAUCAAUGCAAGGUUCUGGGAGUGAUUUUGAAAAACGGAUGAAAAAGCUAAACCAAACAGGUCUUGCAAACAGUAUGCUUGAGUCUAGCAAUCAGUUAGGAGACAGCUCUGUUCUUGGAACUAUAAUGUCUGGAGCGGGGGAGGCAGAGUUGGCAGUUGCCAAGGAGUUGUGUGAAUUUGAGAUGGCUGUAGAAAGGAAUGUUAUUGCUCCUAUGACAACACUACUGGAGAAUGAUAUUCCAAGUAUUGCUCAGUCCAAGAAGAAGCUAUCCAAGGCUGCUCUUGACAUGGACACAUGUAAAUCAAGAUGGAUGGCAGCUGUGAAAGGAGCACAUGGAGCAAGUAAAGACAUGUGGGCUGCUGCAUCCAAAGCAGAUUCCCUUAAAGAUGAACUGGAAGAAGAAACUGCUAAAUUUGAAGGAUGCCAGGAUAGCUUUACUACUGAAGCUCUGAAGUUUGUAUCCAGAGAAGGAGAAUACGCAGAUUGGAUUAUACAUUUUAUGCAAGCUCAACUAGAAUAUCACAGGAAGGCUGCUGUUAUUCUGGAAAAUGCUCUACCAGACCUGAAAAUAAAAGUUGAUGAGUCGUCAUUGAGACCUGUGUUUGGAUGUCCUUUAGAAGAACAUUUGAAAGCUCAAAAUAGAAGUAUAGCCUUUGUGCUUGAAGAAAGUUUGACAUUCCUACAUGAGACAGCUCUAGAAGAACAGGGCUUAUUUCGGUUGGCUGGAAGUGCAUCUAAAAUCAGAAAAUUAAAGGCUGAGUUUGAUGCUGGCUUAGUAGACUUAGCAGAAUAUUCAAUAGACCUACAUGCUAUAACAGGAGUAGUAAAGUUAUACCUACGAGAACUGCCAGAACCUCUGAUGACAUUCAAAUUGUACGAUGAAUGGAUACAGGCUGCAAGUAUUCAGGAAAAUGGAGCAAAGUUACAAGCUUACUGGACACUUGUAGAAAAAUUACCCAAACCUAAUAAAGAUAAUCUAAGGUAUUUGAUUUGUUUCUUGGCUAAGCUGUGUGAACAUGCAGAGUUCAACAAGAUGACAGCAAGUAAUGUUGCUAUAGUGAUAGGACCAAACAUCAUUUAUUCUCAGCUCAAGCAUGAUGGUGUCAGUCUACAGCAUACUGGUAUCCAGUCAUCAAUAAUAGAGGCAUUGAUACAACACCAUAAAUAUUUCUUUCCUAAAGGAGUGGACUUCUUCCGAAGUAUUCCAACGCAGGAAAAUGGUUUAAACACUACUACAAACUCAUCUUCAAAUUCAUCAUCUAACAAAGCUAAUCAAGAGCAACAACGACAUUCAACACAACAAAAAAGAUCUGUAGCAGAGUUUCAAAGUGUUACAGGAGGGCUUUUGGAAGAAGUAGUUGGAAUGAUCAAUGCAUCUAGUUCAAGUGACAAUGAUCUUGCAGGACAUGACCCUGUUGAUAGUCAAGCAAAGCCUCCAACUCCAGUAAAGGCAACAUCAAUUCAUCAUGGCUCAAUAUCUGGGGGAUCUGCUCCAGUGAAAAAGAGACAGGCACCAACACCAGCUUCAGCGCAGGUGAAAUACUUGGGUUCUACUAGUCCAGUGUCUACCUCCCCUCCCCUCCCCCUUGCAAAGCCAACUGGACUCCCCCCUCCCCCUCCCAGUAAACCCACUGGUGCUCCCCCUCCUGCUCCAAAACCAGGAAACAACAAAAACUAACAACUGUUUAUUGUUACCAGUAAUGUCAUACUAAUUUCGUACAUGAUAGAAUUUAAGACAAGGAAACUGUAUUGCUCUUGAUAUUUUUGAAUUAUUCAUAGCUCAAAUAUUAUUUUAUAUAUCAAAUAAAUUGCUAUUCUGGUUUAAAAAAAAUCUAAAUAAGCAUGAUGUGUGCUGUAAAUACCAAUAAGGAUAAGUAAAAAGUGUGUGAAAUGGUCUGUUUUUAGUCAAUAAAUUUACAAGUAAAUUAUGGUCUAUUGCUCUACAAUAAAUAACUUUCCGUCUAGUUUUUAGUUUCAAGAUUUAUCAUUAAAUUGUUGCACCAUACUGUGCUAUGCACCAUACUGUGUCAUUCUUUUUUGACAACUUUAGAUUGUGCUGCACUAGGAAAUAAGAUAUUGGCGCUUUACUUUGAUGUAUUGAAAGGCGGAAUUUGGACAUUGAGUGAAGUGCCGAUACCUAAUAUUGGUUAGCAGUAAAUUAAUCAAAACACUUGCAGAAUUGUUAAAGAAAUGUUCAAAGAGAUACUAAUCCUGAGCAUUUUCUAAGCAUACUUAUCUUAAGAAUAUAGAUAUACCUGCGAUAUGUUGGUCACUUGCUUUCGUUCUGAUGUUCAAUAUUAGUCUGAGGUCCUUCAUGGACAUCAACAUGUAUCAUCAAGAGUGAAGGUUGAUAGAAGUCCAUUAUUAUUCUGUUCAUUUGUCAUAAAAUACUAUAAUGUACUAACUAGUUCAACUUUAAACAAUCUAACACAUCUGUUUUUAGAAUCUUUUAUUGUAUAUAUUAACAAUAAACCAUACCAACCUAUAUUAUAAGUCUAUUUCCUAUUACAAUCUAAUGAUUGUCCUACUUGAAUUAUCUACAGUAAAUAAGUGUUUUUUCUGACUCAAAGUCAUUGAUUAUUUUGUAAAAGAAUGCAAUAGAAGUAAAACGUUUGGUCAUAUAUUCAAAUAAAAUGGUAUUCACCAAAUAAAGUGAGAGAAAAACCCAA